AUGGCUUGCUCAAAGGAGGCAGGUUCCAACAGAACCCAGCCCUGGACUUCAAACCCUGGGUUGGAAAUGCCAUUGGCGAGACGUACUUCGUGGUACCGCUUUACCUCGGAUACUGUUCAUGGAAACGACUGUCUCAAGAAGCCCAUCAAGCCGGCAAAGUUUGCAACUCUUGAGGACUAUCUCAACAAGCCACUGCCACUCGAGGACCACCUUGACAAACCACUUCCACCUACCCCAAAUCAAUCCGUUGAUUUGUGGUGUGCAACCAACAAGAAUGGCGAAACCGUCUUUGAGGCUGCUGAUGCUGGUGCCCAAGAUACUGUCAAGUCCGUCUAUGAACAAGCCCGUUGUGACACGCCAAUUGGCAUGUCUGUUCAGUCCCCCAAUGGUGACGCCGACCUACAACAUCGUCCUGUCGAAGGUAAAUAUCCCGUUUUCCGCAGAACACUGGCAGUGGCUGAGCAUGAAACAGACAAAGUUCCCACCUACCAGUCUCUCAGAAACUUGAGAGAUUCGGAGGAGCUCCCAGACUACGCCCUUCACGGUCCUUGCGAACUAUUGACUAAGCAAGCCACUCCAAAAAAGAGAACCGUCCUCUCGCCAAAGUCACCCAAGGCUAAGCUUCGCUCGUCCGAACUUGUAUUCCGCGACAAACCAGUUGUGCCUUAUGGUUCACAAUGCCCAGCCAAGUAUGUCACUUCGGAUGUCGAUAUAUUCGAGCUCUAUGUCAUCAGGGCCAAGAUCAAGUCGAAGAAGCGCAAGGUCUGCGAACCGAUCGACACAAAGUCCUUCAUUGGCUUUUCUGACUCUAAUGUCUUCGCGUGCAGCCCCGUUCCCUUCAAGAAGCUCCGUACAGACCGACAGGACGACAUUGACGUCGAGGUCGAUGGAACAAUAGCGUCCAUGGAUCUUCUUCCACCUUUGGCUCCAGUCCCAGCUCAGACUCCUGUUGUCCAUGCCAACUCACCAUCUCUUCUUCUUCCAAUCUUUGGUCCACGAUCACCAUCUGCUAAGUCUACCGACGAGUACUUCCCAAUUUUCGCAGACUUCGCUCUAGAAUUUUCAGAGGUCCCAACUAUUGUUGCAGGACAAGCAGCUUCGGCUCCAGCACAAGACUUCUCCAACGUCCCAAAGGCAGCUCCGUUCAUUCCGGCUCUUGCUCUUCCUCCAGGACUUCUACCUCCUAGUCCAGUUCAUGGAUCUUUCGACCUUGUCGACACCGAACCAAUCAGUCCGACCAUUGCCUUCUCACGGCUUCCAGUUGGAACAUCAGGACCAUUGACUCCAGCCUCCGUUGAGGAGCACUCCAUUGUCUUCAAGACUGAACCACUCAGCCCAGUCAUUCUCCCAGAUAUUCCAUCUGCUAUUCCAGAACUGUCAUCUCCAUCUUCAACUGAAACCUCUGGCACCGUUCAGACAGGACCUCCCAGCCCAAGCACUGUUUUCCCAGACUCUCAACUCGAAAGCGAAGUUGCCCGUCUUCGAGGUUGGCCUGGCCAAUUUGAGAGCUACGAAGUCGGACAUAUCAAUCGUCGUGCUGCUCGCGCCAAUCCACCGGAGAUUCAGACCUUUGGCAACCCUGAUCACCCCAAUGGUGAAUUCACCCACGUCAACUUCUUCGUCGACCCGAUUGCCCACCGAGACUACACUUCGGAGCACCUCAAGUCUGUCCGUGUCCGCAAGGUCGCCUUCAGCCACGCCGACUUCGAGACCGACAACGCAUUGGAGGUGGAAGUUCGCACCGCCGCCGAAGAGGAACUCCGCCGCCGAGCCUACCGCGAGUGUGCCAUGGCCCGUCUCCAAGGAGUCUCGGUCGGCCACCACCGUUACAUCGAAGGCGACAUGACCAUUGCACAGUACGUCGAUCGCAAGAUGUGUAUCUGCUGGGAGGACUGUUGGUGCCAGAAGUUGUGCACCAUCUACGCCGACGUCAAGUGCCCCUGCCGCCGUUUCAUUCGCUUGGGCACUGGCCCGGCCGGUGGUGCCUCGGUCGAGGUUGAGGACCUUGACGACGAGAUGGCUCUCGCCAUCUGGGAGUCAAACAACGUCAAGUUUUGA